UAAAAGAAGUUGAACAAGAACGCGUGUGGCACAAGCGUGAGAGAGAAGCAGGUGAUGCCGUGAGUGGAAUAGAACAGCUUUUGUCUUUGGUAAUGGUAAUUUGUUGGGUUCUUCCCCCUUCCUCCAUUUCAUCCUCGAAACCCUGCAUUUCUUAUCUGAGCAAAAACAAACUACACUAGUGAUCAUAGUAUCAGCUAGCGUUUCAUUUUCCAAUUAAAUUCAAAGGCGUUUCAUCAACUGGGGGCACUCAACUUGCAUAAAUCAUCAUUUCAAAUUCAUAUUCUUCGGUUCUUGUCGGUGUCUGAGCUGUGUCAUGUUAAUUUGUUGACUCUUUCAUCAUCACACUUGCCAGGUUUUGAUGAGGCCAGCCCUAAGCCUGCAGGCCCAAAAGCCCACGCAACACUCCGACGAAGACGGAGAAGGGACCUCCUCCGGGGGGCGCCGCCCACGCGGCAGGCCUCCGGGCUCCAAGAACAAGCCCAAGGCGCCCGUGGUGGUGACGCGCGACAGCCCCAACGUGCUCCGCUCGCACGUGCUGGAGGUGACCGCCGGCGCCGACGUGGUGGAGAGCCUCUCCAGCUACGCGCGGCGCCGAGGGCGGGGCGUGUGCGUGCUGAGCGGCUCCGGCAUGGUGGCGAACGUGGCGCUCCGGCAGCCGGCGGGGAGCGUGGUGACGCUGCAGGGGCGGUUCGAGAUAGUUUCGAUGACGGGGACGGUGCUGCCGCCGCCGGCGCCGGCGGGAUCAGACGGGCUGUCGGUGUAUCUGGCGGGGGCGCAGGGGCAGGUGGUGGGUGGCGUGGUGGUGGCGCCUCUGGUUGCUUCCGGUCACGUGGUGCUGGUGGCUGCUUCCUUCGCGAACGCCAUGUUCGAGAGGUUACCCUUGCCGUUGAAUCACCGAGACGGUGAUGAUGAUGAGGCAGCACGUGGCGUCACCGGAAUGGGACAGGUGGCGGAUGGAAGGAACUAUCCCUUUUCAGCGUCCCUGCAGGGUGACCUAUUUGGAUGGGGUGCAACUACAACUGCAAAUGCACCUAAGCCUCCUUUCUAGUCAUAUCCAUAUCCAUAUCCAUAUCCAACCUUGGUGUAAGAUAUUACAUCACUAUUAUAUGUGCAGCAACUCAUCAUUUCAAAUUUAACUAUGUUUUGGCCACCCUGCAUAUGUAUUACUCUUUCCUUUUUUGAUCAAUGUCAUAAUUUUUUAUCUUCUCAA